AUGUUCAUUCCAUUAGGAAAAAGAGACAAAAAUUUUAAUGUUCCAUUAGUUAUUGAAUUUGGUGGAUUAACUACUAGAGGAGGAUACGCGGGAUAUGAUACUCCGAGUAUAUAAAUACCAACAGAUUUUGCAUUAAAUAGUCCUAACGAUAUCGAACUUUUGGAUUUUUAUAGACCGAACGGUCCUGAGAAAGCCGAAAUAAACAAUUUUGUAAAUUAAUGUGGCAGUAUAAAUUGGGAGUAUGCAUCAUCAUUUAUGGAAUAAAUAACUAAAAAUCUCCUCCGAAUAGAAUAAUCCGAAACUCCUUUAUUUUUAAUUGAACAAGCAUUUCAGACAAAAGACUCCAGAUAAAAAUGUGUCGAAGCAGUUUUCGAAUCAAUGAAUUUCGCCUCUCUUUUUAUCCACAAAGCCCCAGUAUUAUCUUCCUAUAUAUUUGCCAAAGAAACAAUGCUUUUAGUAGAUUCUGGAGCUUACAAUACAUAUGUAGUCCCAAUAAUAGAAGGUUAUGUAAAUUAAAAAGGAGUAAUAAGAAGUGAUAUAGCAGGUGAAUAUUUAACAAAAUAAUUAAGAAGUAUAUGGGAAAAAAAAGUCCAAUCAAGUAAAUCAUAUAAUAGAUUUUUAAAUUAUGAUAAACUAACUAAUUCUAUGAAAAACUGGGGUGCAAAUGAAAUAACUAGAGAAAUAAAAUCCAGAAAUAUUAAAAUUAAAGAAAUUAGACAAGACUCUAUAAAAUUUAAUGUAUCUUUAGAAUCUUAACUUUUUGAACUUCCUGAUAAAACAAAAAUUGAAGUAAAUAAUGAAAUGUAUGAAACUUAGGAAAUUUUUUUUAAUCCUUAAGAAAAUUUCAUGGGUUUAUAAGAUUUAAUUAAAUAAAGUAUUGAAAGAGUAGAAUCAGAAAAUAGAAAAGAAUUAUUAAAUAAUAUUAUGGUUGUUGGGGGAAAUUCGAUGAUUCCUAACUUUAUUGAAAGAUUAUAAAGAGAAAUAUUUAGUUUAGAAAUUAAUAUUCCUGGUAAAAUCAAAAUAUAUACUACACCAACUUCUAAUGAAAGAGCACAUUCAUCUUGGAUUGGAGCUUCUAUUGUGGCUUCUAUGGGAUCUUUUGAAAAUAUGUUAAUGACUAAAAGAGAUUAUGAAGAACAUGGAGCUAUUUUAAUUGAAAGGAAAAUUAUAUUUUGA